AUUGGUAUGGUAGAAUUAUUAAGACACUAUUGAGAUUCAAAAUUUAGCUACUUCCUACUUUCAAACGUAACGUGCUUUACUGGUAGGGGAUGUUGCGACAUAAAUUAUAAAUGUGUCAUUUAAAAGUACUGACGAGUAGUUUAAUAAUUAUAAAUAUUUCGUAAGUAAUAGUAAAUUUAGAUUGGCAACAGUGAUGUUAUGGAAGUUUUGAGUUGUUUAAAAACGGUAUUAGGGAUUCUUCUCCAAUCUCUAAAGUUUUUUAACAUUUAUUGAAUGAACUCUUUUGGAAUCUCUGUACCCAUUUCAAUCAAUCAAUUAAUUUUAAAUGAAAAUAAGUUGGUGUUAAUUUUUUAAUAUUGUUUAUGAUGUAGUGAGAUUUCGUUUAAUGGUUCUGUACAGAAACUGUAAUCAUGUCUUUGGAAAAAAAAUUUCCAGAAAUUUUGGAGAAGCCUUCAAGAAAUGCAUCUUAGGGGAAGUACAGAAACGUUGUCAAGUAAAGUUUUUCAGAAAAGUUUAGAGAGGAAAGAAGAACUUAAAAGCAUCCAGAGAAAAGUAUUUCGGAACAUUUUAGAAAGAAAAAUUUCUAAGGAAAGUUCGGAGAAAACUUCAGUAAAAACAUCUCAAAAACGUUUAGGGAUACCAUCUAUUAAAAUUGUUCCAAAAACUUCAGAGCAAUCUUCAAAGAAAAAAAGCAUCUAAAAGUUUGAAAAUGCCACCCCGGAAAUUCACAAGGAAGCGAUCAAAGAAAGCAUCUUGGAAAAGUUUGGGUGACGAAGCAACAAAUGUUUCAACAUCGCAGAAAAAUUCAGAGACUCAUACAAAAGCAGUUGUUAAGAGUCAAUCAAAUGCUACUUGUGUGAUCUGCAAAAGGAGUUUUACCAGUGAGAAGAUGUUAAAUGAUCAUAAUACCAAGCAUCAUUACAUCCGUCACUGCCCUAAUUGCCCAAAGACUUUUCGUCAAACUAGAAAAUUUAUAUUGCAUUUACGAAGCCAUUUGAAUGAUAAUCCUUACCUAUGUAAAAUUUGCUUUGAAGCAUUUAAUGAAAAAAAAUGUAUGCUGACACACAAGAAAAUGCAUAACCGUUUUACAAGGUUACAGUGUAAGAAAUGUUCUGAAGUAUUUUUCCAUAUUAAUUCUUAUAGUGUGCAUAAACAGACUCACAAUGGACCUCCAUAUCCUUGCGACUACUGUGAUAUAGUCUUUUCAAACUUUUAUGAUAGAAUUGUACAUUAUAAAAAUCAUCUGAAUCGUUGUGGUUUGUGCCGCAAUAAAGUUGUUGCUUUUCCAACAAAUUUAGGUCUUGUAUUUCAUAUGCGCUUUGCUCAUCAAGAGGAUGUAGCUACGAAUGCUCCAGCAUCUACUUUUGAACCUUAUGUAAGCACUGGUGCUGUGAACUUGGAAGAAGACAGUGAAAGUGAUAGCAUGGAUGACUUGCUUUCAUCUGAUGAUGAAUCUCUUGAAGAUAUAGACUACAAUUAUCAAAAAGAUGCUGUUGAGCCAGUGUAUACUUUAAAACGUAAAGAUAAAUUCAUUUGUUUUAUAUGCUAUGAUUUAUAUCCAUCUUCUGAACUGUUGAAGUCUCACAUGAAAGCUCAUACCUGGUUUCCAUGUAACUUUUGUCCCAAAUUUUUUACUGAUCCUGAGACUUUUCAUAAUCAUAAGUGUGAUUUUACAUAUUUUCAUCGUGCAGAUGUUAAUUGUAGUACUAAAAUCAAGUGUGAAAAUUGUGAGAAAACUGUAGCUAAUGAUAUUACAUCACACUUGGAUGAAAGCAAUGAUAGAGAGAGCAUGAAUAACUUACUUUCAUCUGAUAGUGAAUCUGAUAGUGACGAUAUAUAUUACAAAUAUCAAAAGGUGCUGUUUCAAAAUCAUAAGUGUGAUUCCUCAGAUGUUCCAUGUGCAGAUGUUAAUUGCAGUACUGAAAGUGAGUGUGAAAAUUGUGAGAAAACUAGUAAAAUGGCACCUGAUAUUUCAGCAGUCAAUAUGAAUGCUCCUCAAAGCGUUUUAUCAACCUUUCAAGAUAUAAAAUAUGAUAUUGCGCAGCUCAUUAAUUUUAUUGAAUUCGUAAAAUCUCGGGAGCUGCCAUUAGAUGUUAAAACUCUCAAUCAUAUAGCUUUACAUGCUACAAGCCUUCGAAUAAUAUUAAAAGAUAGCCAAAUUCGAUGCUGCUUUCCUUCAGAAUGGAUUCCAGAGAUUGAAGACAUGUAUUUCAGACUUCAGGAUUUCAGUCAGAGUCUCUGUGAUAGAAUACAUCAUUCAUCAGAACAGUAAUAAAAGUAUAUUUGAUAAACAGGGCCGACCAUCUGGGGGAUGCGGUGGAUGCUAUGCGCUGGGGCCCCGUGAUUGAGGAGAUCCCAACAUGUUCAAGAACUAAAAUAAUGUUCUGAACAAUAAUAGCAGGAAGGAAAGAAGAAAUAUAACAGGAAGAAUCGCAGUUUUCAGAAAUUUACAGAUAUAUUACAGUUUAGUGAAGUGUGCAAUAUAUUAUAAACAAAUAGUAGAUAGAUUAAGAUCAUUUACCACACUAACUAAGCUAGAUUACAUGUAGUAUUUUGAAAGUUUUCGAAUGUUUAACCCAUCGAGCGUCGGCUGUCUAUACUCUGUUCCAACUUAACUUGGCAGUAGUGUAUAUUCUACGCAUGCGUAAUAUACCUACGCACUUUCGGGAGGGAUCUGGGUCACUUUAAAGUACAAAGUUACUAGAAAUGCAGAUCGCUGGCGAAACUUUAUCUCGCAAAUUUUUCGCCAAAUAGUAAAUAUUUAUUAACUUUAUUAUAUUAUCAUUUUAAAUCAGAGAAUUAAUUCUUUCAUUAUUUUGUUCAAUAUUAUUGAUACAUUAUUUUAAUAAAUCAUUAAAGUUAUUUCAUUUCAUCGUUUUCAAAAAAAAAAAAUCCCAAAUCUUUUAUUAUUCUGUAAAGCGUUGUUCAGCUUAUGUUUUUCGAAAAGAUAUCUGUAUCAUCGUUCACAUCUUUUAAAACUUUAUCUAAUGCUGGAAUCUCAUUUCUACGAAAAAAUGCAUGGAUUUUUCGUUGAAUACAGGAUAAUGUAAAAAUCAUCAUAUUUUACAAGCCUUAAAUGUUUACCUACUGAGCCUGUGCGCUUCUUUCCAAGGGUACUUAAAGGACUGGAUGCCUUUAUUUCUUUCUUCAAGCGGAAAACUGCGAAAUAUAUGUAAUGUGCCAAAAUUUAUCAACGAUUUUAUUGAUAGAAUCUUGAGUUUUUUUUUUUUUUUUUUUUUAGUCUAAAAUAAACAUUUAAUAUGUUUCUGCCUGCUGCACUUUUUAUUGGUUUCCCUCUUCUUGAAAGUAUAUCCUCUUCAGUCCUGACCUUUUUUGAGACUAGUUUAAAAUUUUGAUUUCUAUGUCUUUUACCUUUAUUACAUCUCAAUAGUUUGUGGAAAAAAAUAUUUGCUCAUCAAACAAUUUUAAGUCCCAUAAUUUUAUGGUACACAUAUGUGUACCUUGGGUCUUAAGCAAGCCAAAGUAUCCUCGACAAAAAAAAAUAUUUAAUUUUCCUGGUUACUUAAUAGCUAUACUUUUCUUAAUUCUAAUGCCUUAUAAAUGAAAAAAAAAAAUACAAAAUUUAUUAUAUUAAUAAUCUAUAAAACCUUAUUUUGAAGAAAAUUUCAUUUAAAAAAAAAUUACGUAAGCAGAUAUUGCAUUUUGAGCACUUGACACUUCUAGAGUUACAUUCUGGAUACCUGCAUUUUGAUAUAUACUUAUCGUCCUUGUAAUGUUGUAGAUGGCUUGACAUAUCUAGUCUUAUUUCUUUUUAAUUGGGAAGGGACAAUUUUUCUUGCUCUUUUAGAGGUAUUUUCACCAGAUGGUGGUAAUAAAAUCUCCUAUGGUCUUGUAGUUGCAAUUCCAUCAUUUGAUGACCCUUUAAAAGCUUAUAAGCCAGUUAAUAGCUACGCUACAUGGGCAAUUGCUUUUGUAUUGUGGUCAUGUUACUCGGCUGCGAACCACAAGGUCCCAGGUUCUAUACCAAUUGCAUACUGGUAAUAUGCAGAAUAAUGGCCGAUGCCUCCCAUAUUAUAUGCUUUUGCCAAAGCAGAUUAUUUUAUGUCAGCUUUUUGUUUCAAUUAUUUUGUCUAUCUUCUGCCUAGUCCAAUUGACUCAUCACCUAUACAAGUGGAUAAUAGUCACGGAUUUAUUAUCUUUCUACUUGAGAAGGCACAUUUGACUAUCGUCUGUGACCCAUUCAUCCUAUUUGCCAGGUUUCAUUAUUUUUGAUAAAUGAGAUAUUCUAUUGCUUCCCCUAAAAUCACUUUUUCCUAAAAUUUCAAUAACCUCCUUUUGAGUUAAAGCCACUUGAUGUGGAAAAAAAUAUUAUUAGCUUAUAAAAUUAUGUAUAUUCUAUACAUGAUGUCGGUUUGAAAUAUCAAUUACUGACUACAAGACCGCUAUAAAAUUAAAUUUUUUACUAAAGUUAAAAAAUAAAUAUUUUUAAAAUUUAUAUUUUAUUACGUUACAGAACAUAAGAAUUCUUCAUAAUAUAAAAGAUAUACAAUAUAUUAAAGGAAAGAAAUGACAAUUUGAAAACAAGCGCUCAAAAGAUAAGCAGCGCAGUGGAUCGCAAGCAGUCAGGAAACGAGCGCGAAAACGCCCGAAGUACACAUAUGUGUACCGUAGUUAAAUUUGUAUUUUCACCGAUUCUAUUAUAGAUAACAAGAUAUAAUUUGGUAAUGACUUUAAACCAGACACUUAGUAUUUUAUAAAAAAAAAUAUACAAGCGUUUAUUUUUGUAAUAAAUAUCAAAAAAUACACAUAUAUUUGCUGUAUUUUCUGUUCAACGCCAUUUUCGUUAUGUUUCUAAUUAAUAGCGAUGGAAAUGAAAAAAAUAUCGAACUUUAGUGCUAUUUAUUGAUGCAAAAUGGAAGCUACAUUCAUAAAUGUUGAAAUGCAUGCAUUAUUUCGUCAAAAUUUAACUUUACCGGAUAAGAAAAACGAGAAAAGUUGAAGGUACACAUAUGUGUACCUCGGGACUGAAGAGGAUAUACAACGUGAUCGGUGAUAACAAUUUUUCAGACAUUUUAGAAGUGAAUAGAAAGAACGACUUGAAUAAAUAUUCAACAAUCAAAACUAAUAACUACUAAUGUGAUUAACAGUAUCAAAAAUAUCAACUGGUAAAAAAACCGAGAAUAAAAAGUACGAAUGAUGAUAAUAACGGUUGCGAACUAAAUGAAGCAAAGUUGGCGGUGACAUACAAGAAAAGCGCGCCAAAUAUUUGGCCUUGAAAUCCGGUUCAAGUCAAAGUGAAAUUCAUUAUGUCAAUCUUUUGGUUCGCUUUAUUUAGAAAAUACUUAACAAGUAAGCACUUCUAAGGAAUAAUUUUAAAUACAUGCUGAUAAAACGAUUUUUGUAAUUUGUGAUAUUAUUUGAUAAAUUUCUGCGCAUUUUAGUUAUUUUAAAGUCAAAAUUGAUGGGGAACUCUUUCCCAACGCGGAGUGUCACAUUUUCUGCCUUUUACAGAACUGCCAAGUUAGGAUGAAAUGGAUUAUAGCUUCAGAGUUUUUUUAACCCUUCAGGUGGCAAGCCCGGAAAAAAACGGAAUCUUUUCUGUCAUCAAAAUGGUGGGUCCGUCAAAAGACACUACCGUCUCAAUCGCAACGUUUAUCCCUAUGGGAUGGGCGAAUCCAUCAUAAACCGUACUUUUCACAGAUAGGUACGUUUGAGUGAGGGGGCACCAGGGAUAAGCGUUGUCUUUUAAAUGUUCAGUUGUAGCUCAACACUUUUCCCGGUUCAAUUGAAUCGUUUUUCGAUGAGCAUGAGGGAAAACGUUGUAAUUGCUUUUGUACGUGAUAAUUAAUCAUAAAUUUCCCUUAAUCAAUGCCUAUUUUUAUAUUGUCAUUUCUAAUCUUUGUAAUUGAUUUUUUAUUUAUUUAUUUUUUGCUGUUUACAAAUUUUUUUCCCUUAAUUAAUGUCUAUUUUUAAAUCGUCAUUUCUUAUCUUUGUAAUUGAUGUUUUUGCUGUUUACAAAUUUGUUCUUGUCAUGCAUUUCAUCAACAGUUCAUACAAAAUUUUUAGAAAUGUAUAAAUUGCAUUG